AUGAAGCGCAAGUUCUCCUUCAACUUGGCGCCUGUUAAGAUUCCCACCAAAUCAGACACCCAUGACAAGCAGGCCCCAGAACCAACUCCCUCACAUUCAGAGACAUCGUCGCACUCACACCGAAGGCACGCCUCAAAGGAUAGCAUACCUGACCCAUCGACAUAUAUUAGCCGCCGCGUCCUCGACCCAGAUACAGAGCAGGACCUACGAAUAGCAUGUCGUCUCAUCCUACAGAACUUCAAGCCGUCCGACCAUGGCAUGGAGGACACAGACCCCAAGCUGGACUUUGGUGCCAUGCAAAGACGGAAAGAGCCCAGGGAGCACAAACCACAACCAGCUGAGGUCAAAGUCCGGAUGCCGACAGGUGCGCCUGCGGAACUAACAACCUCGUUUCUGCCGAGGAAGCCCAGCACAAAGACGAGAACGCGGACCAAGGCCGACAUGGAGAUCAGGGCGAGGACGAACGGCGACGUGCAUACGCAAGCAAACAGCAGUCGGAAGCGAGCCGAUUUCGCCUGGCUCGACGACCGGGACGACAAGAGGGAGCAGAACCUCAAGAAGUUUGGCAGGUCUCCUUCCAUCGACCUACCUAGGUCCGCUGCCAUGCACGUCGACGGGGACUCGGGAGUGUCCACACCUGUCACCGUCACUUCGACCCUCGCCUACUCGAAGCAAGCCUCGACAGCGCCCACCUCGGCAUCUUUGACUUCUAGCAGGAGCCCUGAUCGGAGGUCUCGCCACUUCGAAAACCCCGCGGCGCUUGCGGACGCUCAGGCUGCCGAGUGGAUGCGUGAGGAGCUGGAAAAGAGGAGAAAGGAAGAAGCGUCGCAACCACAGGCUCGACCUUCGACCGCAGUCCAAACGCCAAGUCGCUCUACCAGUAUCAGGAACGGCAUCAAGGACGUCUUCUCUGGUACACGUAGCCGGGCUUUGAGCCGUGCUCAGUCUCACGAGUCACUUCGUACGACUGACACUCAAGAUUCGUCACUAGACCCUCAGCGCAGUGGCUCGGCGAUGGGCUGGCGAAGCUGGGGUCUACCUCGCCGGUCAGGCUCGCGUAGUAACAGCAGACCCGGGACAUCCAGGGGACAAUCCGACGAGCCAGAGCAGAGUAGGAAGCCUGAGCCCAAGGUCGUUAAUCUAAACAGAGAUCUACCUCCCCUCCCGGGCCUUGACACCUGGAAAGACCCGGAGGAACCCAAAGAGGAGAUGGUAAAGUCGCCGAAGUCGCCAACAUCAGCUGCCCACAUCGCGAGUCUGAUGCGUCCGCAGGAACCGACUGAAGAGCGCUCUCCGGCUGAGCGAGGCAGAACGCAUAGGAGGAGCCGUUCUGAUAACUUGGCUACGCAAUACGCGAACUCGUAUCCCGUUCGAAAGUCUUCGCAUAGCAAGCAACAACUCAAAACUCCUCCACAACCAACACGAGCAGCUCCAGGCAUCGAGAACACGAGCGACAACCUCAUGGCAGGCCGGGCACCUACUAGCAAUCUCAACAACCGCCUCGAACCAGGCGCGAGUUCUCAUACUCGUCAGCGCAGCGGAGACACCCUCACCUCCCCUACUACUCCCAAUGGCAAAACGAGCUUUUCGCGGACUAUCAGUAUGGAUACGCCAUCGCGCAGCACGGGUUCGAGCGAAGUCAAGACUCCAGGGAGAGAGGAGCAAAAGUCCAGACUGAAGAAGGUGUUUACUGGGUGGAUGAGUCGGAAGGAAAAGAAGGAGGACUGGAUGCAUAAAAUCGAAAAAGAGGGUGUAAGAAAAGGUGUUCUAGUGCAAGACGGCACAACCAUCGCGCCAGUGGUGCGCUACUAA